AUGGGUUACGAGCUCGUGAUUUCCCUUAAAUACGAUGUCAACGCGGACAAGAACGAGUUCUACCAUGGAGGCCUUUUUCUGGAUUCUCGAUACCGGCGUUCACCCGUCCACAGCCUCGACGUAUCUUCCCAUUAUGCUUACGUGCUGUUCUUCAGUUUCGCCUCCUGCACAGUGCGUACACUAAUUUGA